ACCGUACGCGCCUCGCCUGCAAGCUUCGCAGCUCAACCUCACCUCUUCUUCGCCUUCAUUUGACCAGGUAUACUGCUCUGCAGAGAGGGAUUUGAGUUGCCGUCUCGUUUCACUGGCGGAGAGGACGUGCGAUGUCGCUCUUCGGCUCUGUGGGCACCACGUCGGCCACGACGGCCCAAACCAACACCACGGGGGAUAUCUCAAAGGAUGUCGCCCUGACAGCUCCCCCGGAAGAUAGCAUUUCAGAUCUGUCUUUCUCUCCUGUAAGCGAGCACUUGGCGGUUGCUUCGUGGGACAAGAAAGUGCGCAUCUAUGAGAUCAAUGGCCAGGGACAGAGUGAAGGGAAAGCUCUCUUCGAGCAUGAAGCACCGGUUCUCAACUGCUGCUGGUCUCCGGAUGGAACCAAAGUUGUCGGUGCCGGCGCAGACAAGGCCGCCCGUAUGCUUGACCUUGGCGCCGGUGGCACGACGGCUGUGCAAGUCGCUGCGCAUGAAGCUCCUAUCCGAUGCUGCCACAUGAUUCCGAACCCCGGAAAUGCAGCGUCGCCGCUGCUGAUUACCGGUUCGUGGGAUAAGACAGUGAAGUACUGGGAUCUUCGACAGUCGACGCCUAUUGCCACGGUCGAGUGCCAGGAACGCGUCUACACGAUGGACGUCAAGAACAAACUCCUCGUGAUCGGUACCGCUGACCGCUACAUCAACAUUAUAAACUUGGAUAACCCGACCAAGUUCUACAAGACGAUGCAGUCUCCUUUGAAGUGGCAGACACGAGUCGUAAGCUGCUUCACUGACGCGACAGGUUUCGCCGUCGGAAGUAUCGAAGGUCGCUGUGCCAUUCAGUACGUCGAAGACAAAGACUCAAGCUCGAACUUCAGUUUCAAGUGUCACCGAGAAACACCCGCAAACAACCGCGAUAUCAGCAACAUCUACUCUGUCAAUUCUAUCUCGUUCCACCCCGUCCAUGGCACUUUCAGCACUGCUGGUAGCGAUGGUACGUUCCACUUCUGGGACAAGGAUGCGAAGCAUCGUCUCAAGGGAUACCCCUCAGUUGGCGGGACAAUAUCGAGCACUGCAUUCAACCGCACCGGUGAUAUCUUCGCGUACGCGGUCAGCUACGAUUGGAGCAAAGGUUACUCGGCCAACACUCCUCAGACGCCCAACAAGGUCAUGCUGCACCCCGUUACUCCUGAAGAGGUGAAGCCCAGACCUGGUACUAGGAAGACGAGGUGAUGGAGCUGGCUGGAAAUCCGUGUAAACUACUUUCUCGUCAACAAAAGCGUACGGCUGCGAUUAUCGACCCAAGGGACUCAUGACUACGAAGAAAUAACACCCCUCCAGAUGGCAAAGAAAAUUUGCCUUCUUCUUUUUUCUUCUCCUCUAGCUUCCCAAAUUUUGGGGAAUGUCUGCAACGAGUCGACGGUGCCGUGAGCGUCGCAGUACCUCAUGGAGAUCCAAUUAGGCGAACUUGGAGUCGAUGACCUAUGAUCAUGAUUUGUGGUGGGUUUCUUUACAGCAUUGGCAUGUCAUUAUAAUAGCCCGUCUCUUUUUUCUAGGUUGGGGCCGGAUAUGUAGUGAUGUUUAUCAUAAGGGUAACAAGCUAUGAAUAACAAAAAAAUGGCAAAAUCGGGACUAUAUCUUGGA